CGGCGUGAGCAAGUUUCAUACAUGCGGUAGAGAAGCUUCCAUUCAAACGGAGACGUUUCUAGAACUUGAAACGCGUUUUCAUCGAUAGUAUUUUUCCUCUUUAGGCGUAGUCUUGCGUACAAUUUUUCAUUCGAAUAUUUAUAAUUUAUUCUAGAUACAGCUUUUGAAGACAUUUUUUAUAACCGCUUUAAUUAUUCAUUAUCCCGCGCGCGCUAUCGAAGCCAGCCGUUUUGUGCGCGCGCGCGCUAAUUAGCUUACCGGCUAAAAGGAAGUAUUUUCUACACGACUGACUGCUGUAACGAUUGAAUGUCCCCCUGCCUACCAGCUGUAACAUUUGCACAAUGGCUGGUUUCACCCUCUGCUUGACAGCCAAGCACCAACACAGCAGCAAAAGAUCUCGUUUAAUUACUGGAUAGCAAUAAAUCUCUUAUUUUACCUCUAGUUUACUUUAACUGAUUUCUGGUCAGCCCCAGAUUUUCACUAGUUUGCACUGCUGGACCUCAGUAAUCCUGUUAAUGCAGGUGGUCCUGUAGAAAUCUAUUUAUUUAUUUACCCGAUACCUCUUGAGUUUACUGGCUACUGUUUUUAAAAGUAGCCCCAUUAAAAGUAUUUGUAUUGCUUUCCCUUAAAAUUGUGAAGGUAUUCCUAUAUAGUCUACAAUCAUGGUUUCUCCAACUACAGCUGCAGUUAUACUGACUACUACUGUAGCAGCAAUGACCAACACUCCUCUGACGGAGUACCUUUGGCUGCUUAUUGUUGGCUUCAUCAUUGCAUUUGUCUUGGCCUUUUCUGUGGGUGCCAACGAUGUUGCAAACUCAUUUGGCACAGCUGUUGGCUCUGGGGUCGUGACCUUGCGACAGGCCUGCAUUCUGGCUACAGUGUUUGAGACUCUGGGUUCUGUGCUGCUUGGGGCAAAAGUGAGCGAAACCAUACGUAAGGGCAUCAUCGACGUGCGCAUGUACAAUGGGUCUGAGCACACGCUGAUGGCUGGAUCUGUCAGUGCCAUGGUUGGUUCUGCUGUAUGGCAGCUGGCUGCCUCUUUUCUUAAGCUCCCCAUAUCUGGAACACACUGCAUCGUUGGUGCUACUAUUGGUUUCUCAUUGGUUGCCAAAGGUCAGCAAGGAGUGAAGUGGCUGGAGCUCGUUCGUAUAGUUGGUUCCUGGUUCCUGAGUCCCGUUUUGUCUGGAAUAAUGUCGGGCAUUGUUUUCUACUUAAUACGCAUGUUCAUUCUACAAAAGAAAGACCCUGUACCUAACGGCCUGAAGGCUCUGCCUGUUUUCUACGCUGUGACCAUGGCAAUCAACCUUUUCUCCAUAUUGUACACUGGUGCUCCGGUGCUGGGAUUUGACUAUAUCCCUCCGUGGGGCAUCCUGCUCAUCUCAUUGGCCUGUGGUCUGGUGACUGCCCUUGUGGUCUGGUUCAUUGUCUGCCCUCACCUCAAGAAGAAGAUUGCACGCGAUAUCAAGUCUUCCAGUCCUUCUGAGAGCCCCCUGAUGGAAAAGAAGGAGCUCAAAGAGGCUCACUGUCCUAUCCUGAAACAGACUACCAAGGAGACGUCUUCUCCUGCUGCGCCGGUUGUCAGUCAGAACUCCUCUGAAUCCCAGCCUGUCCCAGAGGAACGGAGGGUGGCGUUUGAUAUUGGGGAGCCCGAAGAGGCAGAAUUGAAUAAGGAACGCAAGGUUGCUUUUAACAUUGGCGAUUCGGACGACACGGAGGACUGCCAUACAAAUGCACAACCGAAUCCAACAAAUGACCAAGUCCAGCUCAACAACCUACAAAGCAAUGGCUCUACAAAUGCUCCCAGUCAGGCUCACUUGAAUAACCAAAGUCAGUUCAACAGGCCAGCACAGAGUCCCAGUAACGGUUACUGCCAGUACCAUACGGUCCACAAAGAUUCUGGCCUCUAUAAAGACCUGCUGCACAAACUCCACCUGGCCAAGGUUGGCGACUGCAUGGGAGAACCGGGUGAUCGACCCAUGCGGAGGAAUAACAGCUACACCUCAUACACUAUGGCCAUCAUCGGCUUGCACAGUGAUUUCAGGCACAAAGAGACAGAUAUCCGUGGAGGUGAAGAUGGAGAAAAGGGGCCAGUGUCAGGCGGACAGGAAAAGAAGCGCGUGCGUAUGGACAGCUACACCAGCUACUGCAAUGCUGUAGCGGAGAACAUGACACCUGAAGAGCUUGUUGAAAGUGAUGUGACACUAGAAAUAGGAAACGAGGAUGCAAACAGCAGCCGAAGCUCUGUUGAAGACCGGCAUGAAGAAGACAAGCCUGAAGUUUCUACUCUGUUUCAGUUCCUCCAAAUUCUCACUGCUUGCUUUGGAUCAUUCGCCCAUGGUGGAAAUGAUGUGAGCAAUGCCAUUGGCCCUUUGGUAGCUUUGUAUUUGGUUUACCAAACGAGCAGCGUGACCUCUAACGCAGCUACACCCAUUUGGAUUCUGCUUUACGGCGGUGUGGGCAUCUGCAUCGGGUUGUGGGUGUGGGGUCGCAGGGUGAUCCAGACUAUGGGAAAAGAUCUCACCCCCAUUACCCCUUCAAGUGGUUUCAGCAUUGAACUGGCCUCCGCCCUGACUGUCGUGGUUGCUUCUAACAUUGGUCUGCCUGUCUCCACCACCCAUUGCAAGGUGGGGUCUGUGGUUGCAGUAGGAUGGCUGCGUUCAAAGAAGGCGGUGGACUGGCGUCUGUUCAGAAACAUAUUUAUGGCAUGGUUUGUGACCGUGCCCAUCUCUGGCCUUAUCAGCGCUGCCAUCAUGGCAAUCUUCAUCUAUGGCAUCCUUCCUGCUGAUCCUCCAUAUUAACACUGAAAGGAAGUGUUUGAAAAGGACUCAUGUGCCUGUGGUUCAUAUUAAACUUUGCUUUUGCCGUUUGUUCCUUUUGGAUCCCAUGACCUCCAAUCGGGGGAAUCCUAUUUCAUAUCUUCUGUAAAUUCUUAUCAGCAUCAACUGAUCUUUUUUUUUUAAUUUUAUUUUUACAUUUCAUUCAUGUAAAUACUUUUUUUGACAGUAUUUGAAAUGCAGUAAAGAUUAUCAUAUGUAAUCUCAGACAUAACACAUGCUGAAAGUAAUGUAGAUGCAAAAGCAGUACCUUGGGUGAAGAACACCAUAUGUUGCUGUACCUCUUUUCUACUGAGAAUAUUUUUUUUUUUAGAUUAUGCGUCUGGCUUUAAAUGCCCAAACCUGGCACUGCAUUUGUUCUAAAGAAACAAAAAAAUCCGUUGGUUAAAAUGGUUUAUUCUCCAGAUCUCAUCAAGAGUGCAGCAGUUUACAGUGCAAAAUGUAAUUGUGUAUGGAUGAACACUUGCAGAUUAAUACAGAAAAUGCUGUAAUAGAUUCAUUGUUUGCUCUAAACAAAAGGAAGAAAAAACUAUGCCAAGUGCAAAAGCAGCCUGAAAUUGUCCACCUCAGCUUAAGAUGUAACAGAAUGUCCACCAGCAGAAAUAUUGUACUCCCAAAAAAGACCUUAAGUCUCCUGUUUAAACUUGACUCAAUCAUCCUUCAAUGGUUAAUGCUUCAAGCCUGCUUUAGCCUUGUAUUUCCUAACUCGCUUUGUAAAUGCUACUUUCAGUAUGUGUUUGUGAUGUUUGCACCUUCAGACAUUUCAGUUACCUUAACUUUACACUUGUUUUAAAUAAGGCAGAAAAUACCUUUAAAACUGGAACUGAUUUGUUAGGUGUUGGCCUGUUUUCAGAAUCCAGGCAACUUAUACUGUUGCAUGUGGUCAAUUGACUAAAUGCAUUCAGACCUGUAGAUGCUUUAGUUGCCUUACUUUGUUUUGGUUUUGUUUUUUUAGGUACCAAAGAUUAUUUUUUAUUAAAUGCACAUCAUCCUCUGCUCCACAUUUGUGGAUGAGAAAAACAAAUAAAAAUUGUAAAAGAGAA